UUUAUGGCAUUGAUGGCGUCUCAGUGCAGUGCUGCAAGCGGAGGCGAGCUGUGCCUUUCUUCCACCCUUCCUUAUGCAUGAUGCAUCGAUCCUUCGCUGCAACUCGAUGCUGAGCUGAAGGAGUUUGUUUGUUGCAGCUUCUUCGUCUUUCACGUUAGCUGGUCGGUGUGUCGUUUGAAAACGGCGAAGGAUGCACUGCCGCAGCAUCGGCAUCGUUUUGCGCGCUCGGUCGUAACGUGUCGGCCCCGCCGAUACAUAAGCGUAACGCAGCUGCGGCGCCGUCGGAUCCACUAGGAGGAAGGGUAUUAUGGUAAUUAAAUAGAAAAAGGGAAGGGUGGUUUGUUAAAACUGUGGGACGGUGGUCUGGUAGACGAACUCGGAGGAAAAGGAAACGUCGACGGGAGACGAUUUGGGAGGGAGCUUUAUUGGGUGAUCUUUAUUACGAGAUCUUUCUCUUGAUCCGGGGGCGUCUCACUUGCUUGGAUUUGGGCGUUUUGUGCCUGUUCUACUGCUCCUGAGGCGUUGACGGAGAGGAAAGGGAAUGCCGUGUUCGGAUCUGAUUCCUGCACUGCGUUUAUGGAGUUCAAUGUUGGAGCUUUAAGGCCCUCGAUGAGUGGAGGUGUGUUUUUGCGAAGUUCCGAAGAACAGUUGGAAGCAAAUUUUCUUUGUUUCUUUAGUUUCCUGCACACUUUCAUCUCCAGCGUAGUGUAAGAGAUGAUGGGGAAUCGUGGAAGCCAUGAUCGCUCGCUCACAUGAAUCGUCUGGACGGAUGCGUGAUUUGAAGGCUCGAAGAAGCUCGUCGAAGUUUGUCGAUUUGAAAGCUCGAGGAGCCUGCUACUGUGCGAGGUAACAGCACUCACUUUUGCACAGUGUUUCCCUCGCUAGCUAAGCGUGCGCGUCGACAGACAGCAGUGGUUUCGCAAACUCCUCUCCCUGUCCCAGAAAAGAUCCCAUCUUUGGACAGAAAGUCACGGCAGAGCAGAACUGGAGGCCAAAAAGAUGUUAAAAAGGGGCUCCUGGUAGUCUGGUACCACUGAGGUAAAAGAUAAUGCACAGAGCGAUGGAUAUAAAAAGGGCUAAAACGUUGUCUUUAUCUAACACAUCACGAACACAGUGAUUACGUUUAUCUUGGGAGGUUAUUAACGUCUGCCGUUGUUUGUUUGCUUGUGGAUGCUUUAAUCUAUUGGAUAAAAAGGAAAGGGUGGUUCAAAUGCUUGUAAUAUUGGAUAUGGGAGCCACUUGCCUGCCUUCUUGUCCUUCACCUGUCUUCGUCUGUAGUUUGAGCUGGGUUUGAAAGCCAUGGUUUGGUUGUGAAUCUCUUUCUAAAUUCCUUCCGGCGGAGAUGAGCACCAGCCAGCAGCCGAAGCGUGGGAAGACCGAUGAGGUCCUUGAUGAUCCCACGAACAUAGUCGUCGGCGUCAAGGCGUCGAAAGAAAUCCAAAAGACAGCACUAGUGUGGGCUCUGAAGCAUGUUGUUCAGCCUGGUGACUGCAUCACUCUCAUCGUUGUGGUUUCACCACACAAUUCUGGCAGAAGAUUAUGGGGGAUUCCCAGAUUUUCAGGGGACUGUGCUAGUAGUCACAGGAAGCCACAACCUGGAGCUACGACAGAGCAAAAAUGUGAUAUCACUGAUUCUUGUUCUCAGAUGAUGCUUCAACUUCAUGAUGUUUAUGAUUCAAAUAAGAUAAACAUCAAGAUAAAAAUUGUCUCUGGAUCACCUUGUGGUGCAGUUGCUGUCGAAUCCAAGCAAAUUCAGGCAAAGUGGGUCGUAUUGGACAAACAACUGAACCAUGAAGAGAAACGAUGCAUGGAGGAACUACAAUGUAACAUUGUGGCUGUGAGGCAUUCCCAACCAAUAUUUCUCCGAUUGAAUCUUUUUACAUCUCCGAAGGAACAGCCCCAAUUGCCUUUGCAAAUGCUUGCUAAUUUUAGCGCGUCGGCUGAGAAGACGACUACAGAUACAAAAGAUGCUGUCAAUUCAGGUCUGGUUGUGACACCCACUAGCAGCCCUGAAAUGGCGACUUCGUUUACUACUACUGAACCUGGAACAUCCUCGGCUUCAAGUUCUGAUCCUGGAACUUCUCCUUUUCUUCUCCCCCAAAAUUUUAGCAUUCUUAAGAAAGAGGAGAUGAAACGAAAAGAAAUGCCAAAUUUGGAUGUUUCAAGCUCCGGUUCAGAUAAUGAGAUUGUGAGCCCUUCAAGGAUAGACUUUCAGCUAUGGUUGAAGGAGAUCGUUGGUGUGAGACAACAGUCUUCUAGAGAUAUUGAGGAAGUAGCAUUCAAGCUCAAAAAAGAUGUCCAUAUAGCCUCCAAUAAGACAUUGUUGAAGAGAUUCCCCAAACAUAGUAGAGAAUCUGCAAUUAGCUCAUUUUCUGACAAAAUGGAGUUUAGUUUCAGUGGCAAUGUCAGAGAUACCAUGCUAUUGCCUACUAAUGCACUUCAAGUGCCACCGCCCCUGUGUUCAAUAUGUCAGAAGAAGGCCCCAGUUUUUGGAAAACCGCCAAGGUGGUUCAGUUAUUCUGAGCUGGAACUUGCUACUGAUGGGUUUUCACAAGCAAAUUUCUUGGCAGAAGGUGGGUUCGGAUCUGUGCACCGAGGGGUAUUGCCUGAUGGUCAGGCAAUUGCUGUUAAGCAACACAAACCAGCUAGCUCUCAGGGAGAUCAAGAAUUCUGCUCGGAGGUGGAAGUUCUUAGCUGUGCACAGCAUCGCAAUGUGGUGAUGCUAAUUGGAUUCUGUGUCGAAGAUGGUAGAAGAUUGCUUGUUUAUGAAUACAUCUGCAAUGGCUCGUUGGAUUCUCAUCUCUAUGGUCGUAAUAGAGAACCACUUGAAUGGGCUUCUAGGCAAAAGAUUGCUGUGGGCGCUGCUCGUGGUUUAAGAUACCUCCAUGAAGAGUGCAGAGUUGGUUGCAUAGUCCACCGUGACAUGAGACCAAACAACAUUCUUAUUACUCAUGAAUUUGAACCACUGGUUGGAGAUUUUGGUUUAGCGAGAUGGCAGCCAAAUGGUGAUCUUGGUGAGGAAACAAGAGUGCUAGGCACCUUCGGGUUUUUAGCCCCAGAAUAUGCCCAGACUGGUCAAAUCACAGAAAAAGCUGAUGUAUAUUCUUUUGGAGUAGUGCUGAUGGAGCUUGUGACAGGCCGCAAAGCAAUUGAUAUUAACCGACCAAGGGGGCAGCAGUGCCUCAUUGAAUGGGCUCGUCCGCUGCUAGCAGUUUGUGAAAUGGAUGAGCUUAUCGAUCCCCGCUUAGGUAAGCAAUAUUGUGAACAUGAAGUCCAUUCAAUGUUGCACGCAGCGUCACUUUGUAUUAGGUAUGAUCCUCGAGCCAGACCUCGCAUGUCACAGGUUCUUCGGAUACUGGAAAGCGACAUGGUUAUGGAACCAAAUUAUGCAUCAUCACCAGGAUACGGUAACGGAAACAGCAGGGCUCGAAUGCAAUCUGUCCGGCCAUGGCAAAAAGCUCCUAACUACGAUAAUUUAAGAUCGUCUUGUGCCGCAACAAGGGAGAACAGAAUGAGAAGAUUUUGACACACCAAACCUCCUGUUUUAAUGUCCUUUAUGAGAUAAUGUAGGCUUCCAGUGUAUAGUAGAAGAUAUCACUGGUAUCUACCUAUCUUUUUUCUCUUUAGUGAUCUUGUUGGAAUAUCAGAAAAGAUUUUGUGUUUGGAUUCUAUGUUUAAUUUACCAGAUGAUAUCAGUUUGCCGUCA